GUGUGGGGGGAUGGAGGGUUGCCUGGUUAAUGUGGGAGGGGUUGACACAGAGAUGUACAGGACAGGACACCCUCAUGCUUGCUCCAUAAACCUCACCACAUUUUGCUGCCGCAGCUGUUGUGGCGCACGCAGGGAGCGGAGAGGUGCGCACCUUCUGGGGUGACUAUGUCGAGUCUGGCGAGGGCUUUUUCAGGCUGAUCAGCGAUCACCGACACCGCUUCUCUUCGACCAAAAAACACGGAAUGUUGUCACUCUCUCUCUCAACAAGGUCGGUUUCCAGAGAACAGUGAAGACACCGCUCAUUUACCAUGAGCUGUUUGGAUGUUAUGUACCCAGCCUAUGGACAUUACGCACCGUACGCACCGACUGCUCCUGCGUUUAUCAAUAGCUUACAGGCUCCCACAGGUCUAAGCAGAACUUCUUCUCACUGCCGGGAUUUUAUGGACACUCCCAGGGGUCCUGAGGGGAUGUCUGGGGUCCCAGGCACUGGAGGAUCAUCUUCCACCUCCUCUUCAUCCAGCUCUUCCUCGUCCUCCUACACGCCUGCGGUUUUGAGGACAGAGGAGGGCCCCAAGGAGAAGCAGGAGGCCCCUGAGGCAGAGUACCUGACUUCACGCUGUGUCCUCUUCACCUACUACCAGGGAGACAUCAGCAGCGUGGUGGACGAACACUUCUCCAGGGCCCUCAGUACCUACAUGGAUGGAGAGGGCAAACGGCGGCCAUCAGACCAACAGGGCACAGAUACCCCUUCACCCAGCAGCCGACGAAGCUUCCCCCCUUCCUUCUGGGACAGUAACUACUCCUCGCCUCAGAGCCGCUCCCACUGUGAGACUGGCGCUCCUUCCUAUUCCAUGGACGCAUAUGCAUCAGGAUUGCAUCCGGGCCUGCCACAUCCGCACGCUCAUCCCCACCCACACGCUCAUCCUCACUCCCACCCUCACCCACCAGAGACCUGGGCAUAUCCUCAGGCCCAAGCCUACGGGCCCCCGCGGCCUCUCCAUGAACUCUACUCACCGUCAGCUUUGGAGCCCCACUAUGGGCCCCUGCUCAUGCCCACGGUGAGGCCACCUCAUCUCCCUACCUUGCCAAGCCACUAUGAAGUGAGCAAACUGGAGCCCACUGCCUCGUGGCCCAGCCUGCUUCCUCCAGGAGACGUCAGCCAGACGCUGGCACUAAACAUGGACGCAGGCCUGCAGCAGCACAAGAAAGGCAAGGAGCUGUACUGGUUCUAACGAGCCCUUCAGUCACAUUGACCAGCCAUUACCAGAUCCAAUUAGUCCCUGGAUCUGCUCUGCUAUUGAAGCAGCAUGUCCCUUUAUCCCCACCUCCUCACCCACCACCACCAGCACACACACUCCAUCCCCAUCUAUCCACCCCCCUCCUCCCUCCGCUCCUGGCCUCCCCUGCCAGUGUAUUGCCUUGCUCCAGGUCGACGUGUGUGCACCAUGGAGAUAAAGCAGAGCGAGGGAGAGAGAGAAUGAGAGUCUCUGUCUAUAAUCUGUGCUGUUGCCCUCUGUGCCGUUGUAUCUCUCCCUCUCCUGUCACUGCCUGUGCAGCUCAGACCUUGGCAAGGUGCGAGCCACAGUGACCUGUUUGGACUGAGCAAGACAGGAUCAAAACAGACUUUUGCAGAGGACAGAGAGAUAGAGGGAUGAGUGGAGGGACAGUGGGAUGAAUAGCAGCAAGCAGGGAUUCCCUCCAAUGUCCCUGGUUAUCUCUGUCUAAUGCUCUUUGUUGGUACAGUAGUCAUCAUCAUCCACUUAUCUGCAUUGCACAAAUGCAAAAUGCAGCGACAAACAGGGGCAGUAAUUAUGACGGUUUAUGCUUGGUGAUUGUCCUCAUGAUGCCUUUUUUGGUUGUUAUUAUAUCAUUUUGUUCUCUGAAAUAAAGUGUUUCUAUUUAUUGGUGUUAAUGUGCAUUUUCUAAAAUGUUUGGUUAGGCCAGUGUUCUGAAAUGAUUGUGAUUUAGUUUUGUGUUUUCUAAAGAGAGAGAGAGAGAGAGGCGACAGAGAUGACCAUACGCAGAUACGGAGUCUCUCAUCUAACUAUGAAGGAAUCUUUUGUGGAUGAUAAAAGUCAUUUCUCAAAAACAUAUCAAAAAUGUUUGCUCUCAACAGACUCAAAGAUUGUGCCCUUUCAGUUUGAUGACGAUGUUUUCCAUCUGAGAUCUCUGUGCCAUUCUUGGAUGUGUAGAAUUUGGACUUUCUAAAUAUUUUUGGAAUUUUAUUUGUGUGUCAUUUCUCAUAUUUUGUGUCCAAGAAGAUUUUAAUGUCAAUAAAUAUUUUUAUGGUAAA